GUGGGGGGGCAGGGGCUGAAGGCCGCGCCGGGCCCGGCCGAGUGCCAGCAUGAGCGGCGGGGAUGGCGGCGGGGGCCGGCCGGGCGCCCUCAGCUACGGCCUCCCCUCCAUCCCCUCCAACAAACUCCCGGAUCUGCGCUUUAUCAGCCGGGGCGCUUACGGGACCGUGUCCGCCGCCCGCCACGCCGACUGGAGGGUCCCGGUGGCCCUCAAGUGCCUGCAGGGGCCGCUGCUAGACAGUGAUAGGAACCACCUUUUGAAAGAAGCAGAGAUAUUACACAAAGCCAGGUUUAGUUACAUUCUGCCAAUUUUGGGAAUUUGCAACGAGCCUGAAUUUCUGGGGAUAGUAACAGAAUACAUGACAAAUGGGUCAUUAAACCAGCUGUUGCAUGGGAAGGAUGUAUAUCCUGAUAUUCCUUGGUGCCUGAGAUUCCGCAUUCUUUACGAAAUUGCUUUGGGAGUAAACUAUUUGCACAACAUGAAUCCUCCGUUGCUGCACCAUGACUUGAAAACCCAGAACAUUUUGCUGGAUGAUGAGUUUCAUGUCAAGAUUGCAGAUUUUGGCAUGUCUAAAUGGCGUGUGGUAUCCAUGUCACAAUCACGAAGUGAAUCCUCUUUGCCAGARGGAGGGACAAUUAUCUACAUGCCACCUGAAGAUUACAACCCCAGCCAGAAAACCCGGGCAAGUGUGAAACAUGAUAUCUACAGUUACGCAGUUAUCAUGUGGGAAGUGAUGUCAAGGAAACAGCCAUUUGCAGAAGUUAUAAACCCCUUGCAGAUAAUGUAUAGCGUGUCACAAGGACAGCGACUAGACUUGAGUGAAGAAAGUCUAUCAAUGGACGUUCCUCAUCGAGGGCUUGUCAUCAGAUUGAUGGAAAGUGGAUGGGCACAAAACCCAGAUGAAAGACCAUCAUUCUUAAAAUGUUUAAUAGACUUGGAGCCAGUUCUGCGAACAUUUGAUGAAAUAGCUAUGCUGGAAGCAGUAAUUCUGUUAAAGAGAUCAAAGUCACUGUAUGAAUCACGAUGUAUUUACAAGAGUGGAAAGAAAGCAAAUGGAGAGCAGACGUCUCUAAAUAUACCUCUGAAUCCUGAAAAGCCAACAUAUUCUGACUCCAUACAAUGUGAUGCACUUCCCCUUCGGAGCAUCUCUCCAGAUGCAUCAAAACUCCAGUCUAUUCCCCAGUGUAAUAUCCUCUCAUCAGAUGGAAAUUCUGGGUGUCUACACUCUCUCAGAAGCCAGAGCAUGGAUGGAAAUCUGUCUGUACCUCAGAGUGCCAAAGUCCUUGUGCAUCCUUACAGUAAUGUUCUCUCAUCUGACAAGACUAUUUCAGAUGCCUCAAGUUCUGCAUCCUGUGUGCUGCAGUCAUCACCGGUUCCUUCAGAUUUUGUAUUGGAAACCAUACAUCAGAAUGUAGCUCAUCAGUGGAUCCAAAGUAAAAGAGAAGAAAUUGUUGAUCAGAUGACUGAAGCAUGUUUGAAUCAAUCACUGGAUGCUCUUCUAUCAAGAUUUUUACUCAUGAAAGAAGAUUAUGAACUGAUAAGCACCAAACCUACAAGGACAUCAAAAGUACGACAACUGCUUGAUACUUCAGACAGCCAAGGAGAGGAAUUUGCCAGAAUUAUAGUACAAAAGUUGAAAGAUAACAAACAGCUAGGACUUCAGCCUUACCCAGACAUUGUAUAUAAUUCUCAAAGACUGCAUCUUUAAAUUUAUUCUUUCUUUUUGAAACCUUGUGAAUAUUUCUUACAACAUGAUCCUUGUUUCUAUAUAGUAUUUUAUAUAUGUGCAGCUUUGUCUUUACUGUGCCUUUGCAGAGUCUCAGAAUUGACCCUGCGUUCAUCUACCCUGCAUUUCAUGAAUGAUCAGUUAGUAAUUUGGAGUGCAAUCAUAAAGCCAAACACUUGACAGUUGUUGACUCAGUUUGUAGAAGUAUUUUGUUUAUACAUGACGAAAAAAAGCAUUAAAGGUUGGCUAUUUUACAUAUUUGUUGUUUAUACACAUCCUUUCCUUUCACCUCACAGGACUGAGGCAGCUCAUCUUACCAUGGCAUGUUUGUUUUCCACCUUCCAUCUGCUCUUUCCACAGGGGAGGGAAAAAAAUCUAAGUGCUCUAUUCCAGGGCUGUUCUGCUGUGUGUAUAAUAAACUUUCUUCCUUAAGCCACGUUGGUGYACAUACAGAAGAGUGGUAGGUGGGAGGAAGUUUACAUGGUGUUUUUACAGGACAUUUUAUUGGUUUGGAGUUUUUUCCCCAUUUUGUUGCCAGACCAAGUGUYUCUGACCACAGCAAAAGAAGAAUGUAAGUCCAAAGAGGAGCCCAAGGGCAAGGAGGACAUUGUGCUUGUCAUAUUUGUUCUGCUCAGAACUGAUACAGUUAAGUAUCAGUUCUAAUCUAAGUGUCGACCAAAAAGGCUGCAGCUAUAGCCUUUUGCAUUAUUUGGUUAUAAUCACUUCAACUAUUCUUGAAAUCAUAGUGGGGUGAGAUCAAGAUAGAGUUUAAAUAAGGGUAUCCUCAGUUAACASCUCUUUUACAUUUCCUUGGUCAUCUGCCUUGCCUUUGUCAUCUGCCAUUUUACCACCCCUUAGCUUUGUCAGCUGCCAUAAAUAUUUCUCAUGUCAUCUUAUAGGAUCAAAUUUCUGACUCAGUUUUGGUAUUUUCAUAACAAACAGUAGUUGGGUGUGUACAAAGAUCAAUCAUGCCCUGCCCUGCACUGCUGGAAUAAUGUGCAGGGGUCUCCUGCCAUGACCUGCCUUAACCUUCUCUAGAUAACAACUCUGCUGUCCUUUUUCUGUCUGAAGAAUGGUGCUAAUGUGUUUCAGGCACAAAUGAGGCUACCUGRGAGGAAAAGGUAUGUGGUAUUUUUGUGGUAUUGUUUUCAGUUAAUUUCACAAAACCUUAGGGACUUUAUCUAGGUGACUUCAAAUCUAGUAAAAAAAAUUACUGGUUUUAAUUUGUUGGAACACAGCACAGGCAGAUUAUUUUYGCAAGCACUAAUAAAUAAUUAUAAUUGUACUAUCUAAAAUUUGGGAAAACUCAAACUCCACAUACAAGAAUGCUGAAAUCUGCCAUAUAAAAGGAGCAGAUAAAUGAAAAAUCCUAMGCAAUGGCUGUUUCAAAACCUAUGUAAAUGUGAGAUCUCCUCCAUUUCAAUGAUUCAAGUGUCAGUGUCGUCAUGACUGGUUACCAACAGCUUACUUUUUUCAAUAUCUUUAUGAUUUUGUGAACUGAAUCAUAAGAAUACAAUGUAUAUUUUAUUGGAUGGGA